GUAUUUUUACUCAAGUAUGGUUUUCAGGUACUCUUUACACCUCUGGUUAUGCAACAGUGAUAAUAAAUUUGAUUGCUUAUUCCCAAGACAAUAACCUGCUUAAACAAGCCAAAUGUCUGGUUUAGAAAGUCACAUAAUGUACUGUACACCACAGCCUGAACAUUUGGUAACACCUUAGUAUGGGGAACAAUUCUCACUUUAACUAUUUGCUUAUUAACUUGCAUAUUGGCUGUUUAUUAGAACUUAUAAAAUACAUAUUAAUGCCAAUACAUCCCAUAAUCCGGAGUAAAUUGGGAAUAUGUGUUCCCCAUACGAACGUUUUUCUCUAGUCAGAUCACUGAUUCGAAGAACACUAGGACACGACGUCCUGUACUGCACAAGCCCAGAGAGGAAGGUGUGGUUAAGUGCACCAGAAGAACGUCUAUAAAUAACCAUUUGGUAAAGAAGGUCUAUGGCAUGUCGUUUCACCAUAAUCUAUGAAUUAUUAACCAGCUCUUGAUCUUUAUCUCAGAUGAUUGACUGCAUUAAUCCACAUAUCUCAGGCAGCAGUGGACCCUUACAGAGGAUGGGUUAUAAAUCUACACAAUGGACAGAGAUGUUUAAAUAUACUUCUCAUUUUGAUCCUUUUAUUACAGUCUGUAUUGAGUGGAUGGACAGCAGCACCUCUGAAUGGAGAGUCCAUGUUAUCUGGAUGUCCCUAUCAGAUACUGAUAAACAGACAGUCAUGUACUGACACCUAGUGGACAGACUAGAUCUCUACAGUCAUGUGAACAUGGUGAACAAAUGGAAAACAGGUAAUCGGAUCAAUCAGGCAGAGAUUCACAGGAGACCCUCAGGAGAACAGGGAUUUACAAGCUGAAAAAGAGCAACUUGAGAGGAAAACCAACAAGAUGGUCUGAACGGGGCGUCCAUCAGAUCAGCAUGAUAAUAUGGCAGGCAGGCGGCGAAGGGCAGCCGGGGACCCGUGUGUCUGUGAGAAUGGAGCAGGCUUCAGUCUCAGCACUUCCUCUCUCACACCCUGUCAGGGCUGAAGGAGCAUGCAUUUGUCGACAUGCAUUUGUUCUAUAGAAAAGAGCAGAUCGACAUUCUGCAAAAUAUGUCCCACGGAGGAAAGAAAGUCACGUGUUUGGAUCAUGGACAUGAUGGUUUAGCCACUGUGAUUGAGUCAUGAGGCUCUCAGAAGGUCUGCCCGUGUCAGCGUGUUACACACCCGUCUACAGCACUGUCAGACUGAUGUCACAUCUGCUCUCUGAGGCUUUGAUUGAGUGACGACGAGCGCUUGAACUACAAAAGACAGAGCAGAACUCAAGACAAACACAUCAGCAGGAGCUUGUUUCUACACCUCUGUUCUGAAGGAUGAAAGCAGGCUUUGACGGGCGAUAGGAGUGUUGGUCGUACCUCAGCCUCGAGUCAUGCAGAUGUUUCGGGCCCAGGCAGGAUGAAGCGAGAGGCUUUUUUGGGAUGGUUGGAUCACUAUAAAAGGACCUGUAGAGAAGAUAAACAGCCAAGACAAAAGAAGGGUCUCUUUCCGGGAAGGGGACAGAGCUUUGUGAGAGUGAUGGUCUGUGUCUACAGGACUGCAGUGAGGACAUUGUCACCGUGACUGAUGGCGGGAGCUCUGAGACAGGCUGUGUUGGAGCUAGUGGAGCGUGUAAUGAACGCUAACUCACUCUCCACGGUUUCCUCUUCCUUCACAUCCCUGUACAGUUCUCCUGGGCCAGUGUGACCUUGUGACCAGUGAUGUGGUGGGCUCACCGUGACACUUCCAUGCUGGUGGGUGUCAGCAGUGAUGAUGGUUGGCCUUCAGUCCCAGAUGGCUCCCAUAUGGUUGAACACACCUUUAGCUUCGUGAUUGAUACCUUCCUCGCUAAACACCCUCACGGUAAUGCGUGUCAGAGCGGACUGGUGCCAGCGCUGGUACGAGCUCCUCUGCCCACUGUGCCGCCCUCUCUGGGUAUGAAGCACUUCCUUCCCUUCCCUCUGGACAGCGGCUCCACACUCAACAUCUUUCCCAGCUUCAGCAGCAUGGACCCGGUUCAGAAAGCUGUUUUACGUCACACGUUCAGCGCUUCGGCCUCGUCUAAAAGGAAAGCUGUCUCGUGCGGCGUGUGCCAGCUGAGGUUUAACUCGCAGAGCCAGGCAUUGGCCCACUACAAAGGCACCAAACACGCCAAGAAGCUGAAAUCCUUGGACGCGCCGAAAUGCCUCAAACACAAGAGUUCCCUGGUCACCAGGGAAAAUGCCAACAAGGAGCCUCCGAAGGGCCUCUCUCCCUCAAUGGCGACCGGAAACACUGACAGAAAAGGUCAUUUGUGUUUUACAGGUGGAAGUCCCGGUGCGCCCGUGGCCCCUUCAUCGCCCUCUUCUGCCCCGGUGUCCGGCCCCAGCGCAGACCCCGCAGAGCCAGAGUCUACCUCAGGGUCAGGAGGGGAGGACGGCCGCUCCAUCACGCCCAACCCGCCUGAACCAGAGGAGAACGACAACGGAACGAAUCCAGAGACAGAGGACGAGAAAGCCCUGCGUCUGCUCUACUGCUCUCUCUGCAAGGUGGCCGUCAACUCGGCGUCACAGCUCGACGCGCAUAACAGCGGCACCAAGCACAAAACUAUGCUGGAGGCUCGGAGCGGGAUCGGCUCCAUCAAAUCCUUCCCGAGGACUGGGCUGAAGAGCAAGCUGGCUACUCCCACUAAAGCAGACACGGGCCUGCAGAACAAGACAUUCCACUGUGAAACCUGCGACGUGCGCGUCAAUUCAGAGACGCAGCUCAAGCAGCACAUCAGCAGCAGACGCCAUAAAGACAGAGCUGCAGGGAAACCAGCCAAACCCAAGUUCAGUCCUUACACCAAAACCCAAAGAGGACCCACCAAACAGACACAGGUGAAGAUGGCAGUCGGUAAAGAUCUCUGCCCACCGCUGACAACCAGAAUAAUGCCGUCCCACCUGGCAGCUGUGGCCGCCGCCGUUGGCUCCGCCUUUCAGCUGCGUGCCUGCCAUAACCCCGCCCUCUUUCAGACUCAGUCGCUCCCCACUGCGCUGCUCCGCCCUGCUCCGGGGCCAAUCAGGACUGCUCACACACCUGUACUGUUUGCCCCUUAUUGACCUUUGAACUCUGACCAUUAACCCCCAUCACCUCACACUGGGCACACAGCCCAGAUCUAAUGCGCAGUAUCGCAAUAAUUUAAAAACAAAACACAAACCAGGUAACUAUGCAUCGUCAUUUACAUAUGACACACUGAUGUUAAGCUAUAAAUGUACCGGUGAAGAUUUGAUUUUUGAUGAUAUUUCAUCAUCUUCAUCAUUGCUUAUGAGUACAAGAUUGAUUUGUAAAUUUAAGGUGAGUUUGGGAACAUGAAAAGUUGUAUUUCUCUGCUGUUUUGCACUUUAAGCUUUUCUGUUGUUGAUUUCAGUGCUUUAGACGACUAGAUCUCUUCCUGUUCCAGCUGUUGUUGUGCUGUAACCUGGUCUUCAGUGCUUAAUUUGCCAACGGACCCUUCUCACAUUUCCAGGAUUCUCAUCCGAGUCUUUCAAAAGAGAGGAGAAAAUAUUGAGAGAUUGAUUAAGUUGUUUAGAAGAGAAAAAGAUGUCAAAUUUGCCAUAAUUUCCCCAGCAGUUGUGUUAGAAACACUCAUGCAGCAGCGAUAAAUAGUUUACGGUCUUUAAUGCCAAGGUAUUAUAACAUAAUAUUGUUUAAAAAUGAAAAUAUAUAUAUAAAAAAAAAAAAAACCUGAAAAGGGUCCAUUAAGAAAUCACAGAAUGAUGGAUUUGGCAGGUUUUGGACUUUAGAAGUUUCAGCCAAUCAUCUGAGCUGUAAAUAACCAUGUGACUGAGCACGCUAGAGCAGGAAAACAAUAUCAUGUUAAUUCUGAUUGGCUGCUGACGUCAAAGACAGAAAAAGGAAAAAGUCAGUCUCACACUUUCAAAAACUGGUCACUAAAAUAGAUUACAAGUCCAAGUCAGAUUUUUCCGAUACAAAUUAAGCCCUGUUGUACCAGUUUGUGAGUGUGUGUGUGCAGCAGAAUGUGAGGGAAAGAUAAGUGGGUGAUUUCCGAAGUAAAAUGCUGCUGAUUCAUGUCAAAGCAAGGUUAAAAAAUAUAGUGGGAUGUUUGCAAAGCAGAUGAAUAUGUAAAUUUGUAGGAGUGAGUUUGCGCGUGUGUGCGUGUAUGUAACGGGUUUUUCCACCUGAAGCCGUCCCUGGAAACAUCUCAUGAAUAUUACAUGAGCUACUGGGGCCACAAAGCUUGUCUGUCUCUUCUUGCAAUGUGAAAACCGAUGAACAGUUUCAAAUAAAGAAUCCUGCUUUGUUAA